CAACUACAUGCGACACCGUUCCGUUGUGCAGUCGAGAAAUCGGUGUUGAGGAAAGGAAAUCAGCUUGACGUUGGCAUCGAACAGCAGCUUGUUACUGUACAACGGAUACAACUUAACGAACUCUCACAAAAAGCAAUGCGUAUUCCUACAGAAGCUGAAAUUGAGCGUUUUUCUCAGCUGAAAGUCUUCAACGGAGAAAGUAGCAAAGCAGAAGAAAAGCGCGCAGAAUUCCUGAGUUUUAGAGAAGCUGUGGUAAAAACACCACCGGGCUCAUUGGCACUGGAAACGAUCUUGUCGUUUGGUACGCGCCAUGCUGAUACCAUUGCAAAGAUAUCACUGGAAAAUUCGAUGAGAUCUGAUCAUAAACCUUGGUCGUUUACGGUGGUUUCAGCUCAUUUGGUGCAGAUGCUGAUUGACAUUCUUCAUAUUAUUAAUGAACCAGGUAUCCUGUCUUUUUUUUUUGCUUUAGAACAGAGAAGCUUAAGCACAAUGGAAGCGCAUUUUUUUACAGAAGGAGAAAGGUUGAUGGUUUUGUUAUUCAAAAGCGAUCGACCAUUUCUGGAUCUGUUUGCGGUAUUGGUGAGACUUUUCCAUCGAACAUGGCGUGAAAUGCACGCAAGUGAUGAGGAUAUCAAAAAGGUUUUGGCUGUUGUCAGAAAGCAAAUGGAUGUCUGUUUGCUGGAAAAACCUGAGAGUAUUGAAAAAUUAGAAGAAUUGCUAGCUGUGCAUUCAUAUCCGCAUAUGAAGAAAUUGUGGGAAGAUGAAAGGAGCGCAAAGGAAGCGGAAGAAUUGCAAAGCGACGCUGUUAAAUUGAGUUUUUUGAUUCUUUUAGCACAGCAGUUUUGGUUUUGGAAAUUGGAUGCUAAUGAGAAAACGUUAAUUUGUUCGGAUUGUGCGAAUUCCGAGGUUUCCUCAAAUGCCAGUUCUGCAGCAAAUUUGAAAAGAGUCGACAAGCUAUCAGUUCAGGCACAGCGCCAGGUGGAUCGGUUCUUAAAUAUCGAGCUGAAAAUGAGACUGCUUGAAUUAGACCACAUUCCGAAUACAAUCGAGAUACCUCCGUUACCGGCGAAUUUUGAUUGGAUCCCACGUGAUGUCGACCACUCGAAAACCUCCAUCACAAAAGUUUGA